AUGGCCGAACAGCAGAAGCUCCUGAUCUCGAUGAUUCCCUUAGCCAAUGGUUUCGGAGGGGCUUCUCGGCCAUCCACAUGCAACAACCCCAUGGAGUCCAUGGUUCUCGCUCGGACGUGUUUUCAUCGCCUCGUUGAUAACCAGGUUCCUUUACUUCAAAUUGAGCCAUUAGAGCGAGACCAAGAUUCCAAAGUCGACAUUUCAAGAGAAUCCGAGGCCGCUCAGAACCCUAACGACAUCAUCUACCGAACCACUAUAGAGCUCGUCUAUGAUUUGCCAGGAAAGCCUCGUCAAGGCCCCGAAGACAGUUCUCUUCAACUAUCGGAUUCAUUCCUGUCUGGUUCUGUCGAUAUCUUGGCAGAAACGAGUGCCAAUUUCAGCGACAACUCCGACGCUUUUCAUACACCUGAGUUGUCGGUGCUGAGUAGCGAAGAUGACGCUUCGCAGCACAUGAUACCACCAGAUGCACCCGUGAACAGCCAGAACAGCUCUCCUGAUCUUACUCCCUCUAGUCCCCAGUCAUACCCUCCACCUGACUCGGACGACGAUGCUGACAGGGUAGGCUUAACAAUCAACGCAUCGGAGGUCAUUCGCCUCGUUAACGAGACUGCACACCCUCUAAAAAGUUUCCAACGCCUUCCCAGCGAUUGCACGGAUCUCGCCUCUGGCGUACCUGCUGUAUUAGUUGUCACUGAUUUGCUUACUGUCCACCCCGAAACGGACGGAAUUUUGUCAGAAGACACCGGCCCCUCUUCGACUGCUGACACCACUGACACCGCUCAGGAUUCGGCAGGCAGUCAGGAUCCCGCUCGAAUUGAAUCCGUCGAGGCUACCUAUGUGGAUGACCCACAGAAUGAAAGCAAACCGGUGGAUGGUGCGGACAAACUUACCAACGGGGAAGACUCGGGAUCUUGUCCUGCCGCAUCCGAAAACGCCCCUCGAGCCAAUCCUCCGUCCUCACCUCGACAUACAGCAGACAGACCCAAUUGGGCUCUAGCACCUGACGAUACACCUGUCUCAAAAGCCACAAACACGAACCCGAAGCAGCCGCGCAAAAGCGAGCGUCGUCGCGGACCUCGUCGAGGAAGACAUAAGGUGGAGAACAAUGCUGAAAAUAGCGCUUCGGAUCGUACUAGCAAACCGAUAGUAAAUGAAGCCGACUUCCAUGAAGCGCCCUUCUUCUCCGAAGCGCGAACGCCAAGCAAUAACACAAAUACGUCAGGGAAUGGCGGGACAGGGCAAAUUACUUUCGUAAGGGAGGACUUCAGGCACACUUCCAAUUCCGGAAAUUCUUCGCCACCCAUUCCAUCCAGUUUCAGGUCGGACAAGGAGAAGCCAGAUGAAAUGUCCUCUUGCACGCCAGCUGAAAAGGCACCUCUUCCGAGAAUUGUCUUCGAUUCUAUUCUCCCGAAUUUGGGAGCUCCCUCUUCUGUCAUAUAUAGCACCGGUACACAGCACGACUCCUCCCAUCUUACGGACAAGUCGAUGACUCCGGAGAAGCCAGAAAAACGACCAAUACAUCGCUCGCCCGGCUGGAAGGCAGCGCUGGCUCUCCCUACGAUCGUAGAAUCCAAUUCUGAUCUCGGUCAUGAGGACCUCGGGAAGGACACUUCUUGGAUUAUAUAUCAAUCAUCUGCCUCGCCGCACGCCCAUUUCUUGGGGCGACCAGCGGCAAAAGAAAUUCCAAAUGAACCUGGCCAGGCCGACAUAGACGGAGGGUCGAAGGGCGCUCGAUCCACUGGGCCGAAAAGGUCUACCGCAACAUUUGUGAAAGCGAGCUCGGACUCGAGGCGAAUUGACUCACCUUCUUUGACGAUCCCGAAUUCUGAUGACAGCAAGCAGCACAGAUUGUCCUGGCCUUCUCUGGAAGAAGAGCUCCGCUUUCACGCAGCGGCGCGGCAACCUCUUUUGUGGCAUGGCGUGAGGGAUGAAUAUCCUUCCCAUGGCCUUGGGAUGACGACGGUCGAUCCAAACCCGCCGCUGUUAAAGCUGGGCCCAGUCGUGGACGGAAAACCCAGAGAAAGAGGGAGACAUGAAGCAGAUCAAAGCCGCCCAUUCGAAAGCUUCUCCCUUUAUGACCAGACAGGCGCUACUGCGAGCUUAGGGUCCAAACCAGCCCAUUUGGAUGUAGAUAUGCCACUUCAACGAGCCAUUUCCCGAACUCAUCAAUCUCAAAGAGACGAUGGGACUCUCCGACCUAUCUUAGCAAGAUCGCACUCUCAGCGGGGCCUGAGGUCUGAAUGGGAUGGCUCAAAAGCCGGUAACCGUAGUGCUGAACAACAACACACGUCUGUAAAUGCGAAUAUGUCUUCGACACACUCUCAGACGCAAAGCUUUCAAGAUCCAAGAAUGUCUGGGAUCCUUCAAUCCACUGGAUUCCACCAAGAGACCCAGAGGUCUACUGCUGCCUCGGAGCAACGUCACCGAAGCAAUCCACGCUCCAUCCCCACUCUUACUGGGAAUUCUAAGAACGCCUAUCAUUCUGCACCGACUCGGUUCAUGUCGCCGUCAAUCAAGGAAGCACUUAUCAACAGCAGCGUCAACGAGGUAUGUCUCCCGGAGGUCAACCAGGGAUGGCAAGCGCGGCAAGCGACGUCUUUCAAGCACCAUUUCGCCACGACAAUCCCUUCGUUCAUGGGUUCGAGGGGUGGCUAG